UGUCUUCUCUAAAACCCUUUCUCUUUCCGCACUAGCUAUAUAUACCGAUCUUCACAUUUCAAACUUUAGUUUCAUCGCAAACCUCAGUUCUUCUUUUUGAAAAUGUUUAAAAUAUUUUCAAUAGUUCUUUUGGCGAUUGCCGCCAACUGUCAACUGUUGAGAGACGAGGAGCGACCGACGAGAUACGUCCUCCCGUACUCCGGCUUGUCCGGAGGCGAAGAACCGGAAGCAGCGGAAGAAAAAAACUAUUACAAACCGAACAGACGGUCUGAACGAAUUCCGGCCACGUCGUACCAGUACGACGACGCCGAGGAAGAGUACUACAGACCCCAGCCCCAGUCGCGCCAAAAGGCCGAAAGCGACUCCUAUUCCAGCCGAUACCAACCGUCGCACAAAGACUACGAAGAAAUUUUGAAAAAUAAUCACUUAGUGAGGCUGAGGGUCGCCGCUAAGAAGCAAUCACAGCCUUCGCAAUCGCAGCCGCAACAGCCUGUCGAGCAGUACUUGAAAGAAGUUAAUCCGACGACCAAAACUGCCUAUCAGAGACCUUUGAACUAUUUGCGGUUCAAUAGCCAGAGCGCUUUGAAGCAACAAGAACAAAGUGAAGAAACCCCUUUGAAGCAACAGUCGUACCGAUAUCUUUUGCAACCUGAACCGCAACAACAGAAAUCGUACCAACAAUAUCAAUACGAAAGUCAACAAGAUUCUAUUAAGCCAGUUCAGCAGAAAACACCCCAUUUUAACUUGGUCGCUUAUCAAAACGCCCUAAUCGCCCAACAAAAAUUGCUAGCAGCGGCUGAAAACAGCCAAGAAGAAAACCAGUCCAAAUCCUCACUUUACGUGCCGCAAAACGUGAAAAAAGCCAAAAAACAAAAAACAACCCCUUCGCGUCAGUCGAGCCAACAGUACGAUUACUACCCUCAAGUCCCCCCUCAAAGACCCAACUACACCCCCGAAAGCCCCCGAUACCCACAAUCACUGCCCUCGCGAAAUGCUUACCAAAAGAGUGAAGCUAAUUACCAAGUCGAAGACCCUCUCUUGUACCCCGAACCCAAAGAGCUGGAGUACCAAACUCAAGCACCUGCCAGGUCUUCGAAACAGAGAACUACCAGACUUCCGAGGAGAAAACCAAAGUACCAAACUGAGGAACCGGAGGAGUACCAGCCCGCGUCCGACGAUCAGGGAUUCGACUACCAACCAAGCUCGCUGAAGUACCAAGACGAACCCACGUACAGACGCCCCUUGCCCAGGCCCUCGAAACCAGCAAAGUACGAGGAACCAUCGGAGGCGAAAGACGAUUACUUGUACCAGCCUUUGCCCAAGUACCAGCAAAACACACCGAGGAGACCGCAGUACUCCCCGGAAGCCGGCAGAUACCUCAGCCGGCAGCAGUACCGAGACGAAAGCAAACAACUCCCACAAUACCAAGCCGCAGAUUUGGCGUACCAGCCCACCGCCGAAGUCGCAGUUAGACAAGUUGGACGCGGACCGUCUGUUUCUUACAGGCAAACAUACCCACAAUAUCAGUAUGACAGACGGCAACAAAUCGCCACACCGCUGCCAAAAACUCGCUACUUCAACUCACUCGAGUACCAAAACGAAGAAGACUCUUCUGAUUACAUCACACAAAAAAUGCGACCAUCCACACAAUACAAAUACACUCGACAAUCUAACACUCUUAAACUAGCUCCUGUACGAAGCUACGAAGUCGAGGAGGCCUCGGAAGAGACCGUCAUCGUGCCGCAGUACCAGAAAGAACAAGGCAAAUACCGGCCGGAAAACGUCAUCAAGAAGAAAGGCCUCCACUACCCGAGAAGAAAGAAACCGACUUAUCUCAACGGGCAAAUGUUCCGCGAAGAAGUCAAAAAACCGCGCUACUACCAGCUGGAGGACCUGGUCACGCAACCCUCCUCCAAAACCACGCUUCGCUACAGCCCUAACCAACCCUUCUUAAUCGUGGUGUAUGACGAUUAAGUUUUUAUUGCCUAGUGUCUUAGAAUUAUCCCCAUGCUCAAGUAUUACCGGGGAGUAGUAUUAUUGUGAUGUUUAUUCACCUUUUAAUAUAUUUUUAUUACGUAAAAA